AUGAGCAAGUUGUCCUCUGACCAGAAGGUUGGUGAGAGAUUCAUUGAGAAAGUUUUGAAGAACGUUGGGAGGCAGCAUGUGGACGUGGACAACCUGUCGCCGCAUGACCUGGAUCAGCUGUCCAGCCUGAUAGCUGAUGCUCUGCAGGUGGUGGACAAGGACAAAGGUGUAAACAGGGGCCUGACUCCGGCUAGAACUGGACCAAGAGACCUGGAGGGAGAGCUGAGGAGUGAUGAGGAAGAAGAAAAAGAGGAGGAGGCAGCUGCCAGAGAUGAGGAAGAGGAGAAGCUGUUGGCGAAUGCUCCGACGCUGAAACCUCAGGGGAGCACUCCUGUAGUGCCGGCAGAGCUUCAAGAGCGCCACACGGAUGCUGAAGAGGACACGGCUGAGAGUGGAGGCCUGCUUACCAAACUUCUCGCCUACUUGGACAAAACGUCCCUCAACGCCUCCCCGUCAGCAAGAAACUGGAAUGACGUUGCCAUGGAGACACCCAGAGGCCAACCGGUGGGGUCGGAGAACGUCCAGAGUCGGACCAGCCAGGUUGGAGUAGCGGUGCAGAAGAAGGACGCCACUCAAUCUGUUGAGGAGGUGUCGGAGGUGCAGGGCUGGAUCAAGGAGGUGCCGCCCCCUCCUGCUGCGCUUGUGUACGAGCCGCACAAGAAGACGAUGCAUGUUCCAGAACUUCAGCUGGACGUCAGCAGGAAGAAGGCUGACGAUGAUGUCUUCGGUUACGUUAUCACAGACACAGAUGGACUCCAGACAGAUGAAGGCCUCCACCUAAUGGAGAUCUUGGCUCGCCGGGCCAGAAUCCAGAUGACUGACUUUGCCGAGCUCUCGGUGGUGGGCCCCGCGGUGACCUUCAGAGUGAGCCCGAACGCUCAGAACGUCAGCACCACAGAUGUGGCCAACGUGGCUG